GCUGGAGCAUACGGGCACAUCAUAUCCACAUCCGCGAAUAGUUCUUUUCCCGCCCACAACCUGGCCUCUGGGCCCCUGCCAUGCCUUCGUUCCACGCUCGUAUUCCGCACGCUAGAAGAGGCUACUUUGACGCGCUGCGGCCGGUGCCUUAGCUUCAGACAUCGACUAUCUCUCACCCGUUACCGCCAGUGCUGCUGCCCAGUCCCAGUGGCCGCCACGAUGAAUGGCGACCUGAGUCUGUCGCAGACGCUCGGCGGACUGCGCAUCGCCAACCCAGACGAGGACGACUCGCCGCCGCCCACCCAGCACAGCAACCACGAUGACACGACGUCACCCCCAUCACCGCCCUCGCCGACGCGCGCCUCGUCGUCGAAUACCGUGACCCAGGACCGCCCCGAUCUCCACCCCACGUAUUCCAACUCGCACUAUUCCUACACAGAAGACAACGCCUCGCUACACCCCAGAGACAAUGUCUACCAGAGCUCCCCCUCUGGCUCCCCGGCCGCCUUCCCCUCCCCCCUGGCUGAGACUUCGUCGAUAUCAUCUCACUCGCCGCGCCUCUCCCACCGCCAGUCCAUGCCCCUUCAACACCAGGCCCAGCACCAGCAGCCCUCGUAUCCCCCGUAUGCUGCUGCCCCAUUGCUCCAGCAGCAGCGCAGCCAGGCCCCGACGUCGCAGCCCGCAGGCAUGCGAGAGCGCCCAAUCUCUACGAGCAUGUACCAGCACCCCAACCUCUCGACCUCUUCCACCGCUGCCCCUGGCACCUACAGAUACAACGACGAUGCAAUUCAAGGAGACAUGCGCCGGACCGCCAGUUCGCGUGUCGCGCCCGGAGCCAUGCCAGUGAGGGAGGCUAGCAGACGCGACCCAUACCGCCAGUCUGCCCAGAUGGCCGCCAUGAACGGCCCCCUUCCGCCCCGGAGGAGCUCACGGCGGAUACCCAUGGAUGCCGGAGUAGCCAAUCUAUCAAGCUCACCAUACAGCAUUGAAGGCGGCCCGCUAUCGAGCAGCGAGGAGUGGAAGGAAAAGGGCGCGGCUGUAAGCACCCGCCAGGAUCUGGAUCAGAACGGACGGCCCAUAACGCGCGUGGUGAAGAAAGGCGUCAAGGACUUCAACUUUGGCAGAACACUGGGCGAGGGCUCCUAUAGUACAGUACUGGCCGCUACCGACCGCCAGACACUGCGCGAGUACGCGAUCAAGGUGCUCGACAAGCGCCACAUCAUCAAGGAGAAGAAGGUCAAAUACGUCAACAUCGAAAAAGACACUCUCAACCGACUGACGGAACAUCCCGGCAUUGUCCGACUCUACUACACCUUCCAAGACGAGCGCUCGCUAUACUUUGUCCUGGAUCUGGCGGCGGGCGGAGAACUCCUAGGCUUCCUCAAGAAGAUGGGCACCUUCGACGUUGAGUGCACACGCUUCUACGGCGCGCAAAUACUCGACGCCAUCGACUACAUGCACAACAAGGGUGUCAUACAUCGAGAUUUGAAACCAGAGAACGUCCUGCUCGACGAUGCCAUGCACGUCAAAAUUACUGAUUUUGGAACAGCAAAGAUACUCGAGCAAAAGUCAAAUGGCGUUGGAUCGACAUCGGGCGAUCCAUUGGAAGGGGCACAGUCGGAUCGCGCGCAAUCCUUCGUCGGAACAGCCGAGUACGUCUCGCCAGAACUACUCACAGACAAGAACGCCUGCAAAGCCAGCGACCUGUGGGCAUUCGGAUGCAUCAUCUACCAGCUGCUCGCAGGACGGCCACCGUUCAAGGCUGCGAACGAGUACAUGACAUUCCAGAAGAUUGUGGGUUUGGAGUACACAUUUCCAGAUGGCUUCCCUCCACUUGCAAAGGACCUGGUUGAGCGACUCUUGGUCCUAGACCCAUUAACACGACUGCCCAUGGAGCACAUCAAGAACCACCCCUUCUUUGAAGGGAUGCAAUGGGGCAAGGGCCUGUGGAAACAAAAGGCCCCACGGUUGAAAGCCUACAGCCCGCCCGCGCAGGAGCCCAUCAAGCUGAAUGGUCCCUCGACACCCGCAGCAGCAGCACCCAACCAACCCCAAGCACGACCGAAGCCGCGCCUUAUCACCGAACUGCCCCCUCCCUCCCAGCUCGACAUUGAUUGGUCGCCGGUGCUCACAAAACGCGACGAGCGGAUAUUGAAGCUUGGAAACAUGUUUGUCACACAACACGCCCCUGGACACCCUGUUGGUGGAAAGGAAGAGCCGGUGGAGCAACCUAAGAAGUUCUCGCGCUUCUUCGGUGGCAACACGGUCAAGAAGCGACAACGACUUGUAAUGAUAACGUCCAAUGCACGCGUACUGAUGUGCGCAGCAGGCACGAAUGACAAGAAGUUGAAGGAAGAGAUAUCACUGCUCUCAGCGGGUUGCGCGUGGAGGUCAUUCCAGGAUUCCAAGGGCCUAACGUUCUGGCUCGUUGAGACGAAAGAGAAGCAGUACGUCUUCGAAGACCCCAAAAGUACUACGAGCGACCCCGAUGGCAGCAAGUACUCCAGCCAAGAAUGGCUCGACAGCAUCGAACAAGCACGAGACUACGCCUUUGCGCAAACCAUGACCAACUCGUACUCUGCCGACGUAGGUUUGAACGAGCUCGUUUCAAAUCACACUACCCCGACCAGUACGUUGGGAGGAGACUCCGCCCUCGAGGGCGUCAACAUCCCCGCCUCGCGGCAUGGCCACCUCCGCAAAGAUCAAGGCGAUACUGACUCGAUCAAGGGUAGGAAGCGCUUUAGCAAACGUCAUUCGAAGAACGGAUUGGCCAACUUUUGAAAAUCGUCUUGAAAGGAAGGUCAUGAUUGGGUACAGAUAGCGCGCCUCCGUGUGCUAUCUCAAUACCAACCGACGAUACGUCCAUGUACAUGCGACUUUAUACUCGACCAAGUGCUGCUCAUACAUCCAGCCUCAUCAUCCAGCGUACGGCGUUCUGGCGUCUCCUUUCCUUGUGUCACCAUCAUCCGAUCCAGAUUCAAAUCCAGAUUCAAAUCACCAGCUCCAAAUUUUUCCUUUGUUUUCUCCUCCAAAGUACGGAUUUCCUCUACAAGUACGGAUUUCACUCUACAAGGUACGGCAUUACAAAGAUCUAUCACAAGCGAUAUUGUUGGCUCAAACUAUUGGCAUUUAGCGACUUUGGUAGCAAACUUCUUUCAUUUCGAUACAUUUCGCCGGUAUACUCCGGACAAAGGGUGGUUACUGCUUUCACUACUACCCUUCUUCUUUCUGUGUAGGUUUGUGUUUGGAAGGCGCGUUAGAUUGGGCA